AUGUUUGUUGCCUCAAAAAGGAGAGACAUUGACGACUGUGUUAAUCAUACAUGCAAUAAUGGCGGAUCAUGCAUAGAUGGUGUCAACAACUACUCUUGUAACUGCUUGGUGGGAUUUACUGGAGAUUACUGUGAACUAGACAUUGAUGACUGUAUUAAUCACACAUGCAGUAAUGGUGGAUCGUGUGAGGAUGGUGUCAACAGCUACUCUUGUAACUGCUUAGUGGGAUUUACUGGAAAUCACUGUGAAACAGACAUUGACGACUGUAUUAAUCACACAUGCAGUAAUGGUGGAUCGUGUGUAGAUGGUGUCAACAAUUACUCUUGUAACUGCUUAGUGGGAUUUACUGGAGAUUAUUGUGAACUAGAUAUUGACGACUGUGUUAACCAUACAUGUAAUAAUGGGGGAUCGUGUGAAGAUAGUAUCAACAGCUACUCUUGUAACUGCUUAACAUUUACGACUGUGUUAAUCACACAUGUGGUAAUGGUGGAUCCUGUGAGGAUGGUGUCAACAGCUACUCUUGUAACUGCUUAG